AUGGCGGAGGACGACGUGGCGCAAAGCGUCGUCUGGGAGAUCAUCCAGUCGCUGUUGCUGGAUCGUGGCCAAUCCACGGCACACCAUGGGUGCCCAGCGGUACUGGUUGAAACGAGGAAAUUCAAAUUGGUCCUUGAGCCCGUCGCCUGCGCCGAUGAAGCUGAUGAUAUCCUCGCCGUCUCGAAACCACAGUUCGCCUGGCCGGAGGUUCAGGGCGUCGGGUACGAGCAGGAGCAUGUUUUUAUCGUCAUCGUCGUCGUCGACAUCGAAAAGUCCCAAAUGGAGGACGCGUGGACCGCUAUGGGCGCUGACAGCCGCGGCCUGCCAGGUUUGGUCCUGGAUUUCCACUGGGAAAUCACCGAAGAGGGUGAAAGAAGUCAUGGCAGGGACGACGAGUUUGACCAAAGGUUCGAGAUUGAGAUUCUCAGUAGCAGUAGCAGCAGCCCCAACACCAACCACAACCACAACCACAGCAACAGCAGCAACAACAACAAUCACAACAACUACACCACCACCAGCACCACCAGCACCACCAUCAUCAUGGCGCAAACGCGCCACACUCUCCGCGCUGCCGUGCCUGCGGCGGGGUUCCUGUGGGAGCCUCGCUCCACCAUCCUCCGCAAGGUCCGUCAAGACCGCGCUGUCAUCGCCGCCCUGCGCGACCACGGAGGUCUGGCCAACCUCCAGCGGGGCUCGGCCGGCCACGCCCGCGCCGACAUAGAGCAGGCCCUCGCGGGCAUGUUUGACGCGGCCCGGCGCGCCGUCGACGCCGACACCGACCUCCUGCGCGGCCGCGACGCCUUCGAGUUCGUCAGCGACCACCUUUGGCACUCUGGUGUCGUGGCGUGGGCGCGUCCGGGAGCCCUCGGGGAGGAGCGCUUCAUCGACCUCUUCUUCGAGGUCUACCGUCGACGCCUCGAUUGGCACGCGAACCCCCGCGAGCCCUUCGACACCAGCGAGCACGGCCCGCUCGCCCACAGCGUGGACGCCUUCCACCAUGUAGCUAGUGACUACUGGGGAGAGGCGGACUUCGACAUGUGGGCGAUGGCCCAGGCGCCUGCCGAGGAGGGCUCCGGGGCGGAUGGCCAUGGCGAUGAUCCUGCGGCGGCGGCGCCCCAUACUCUGGAGACGGGCGCCUCGCACGCUCCGGGUGAGCCACACCCACAAGCUACUAUUUCGGGUGGCCAGGAUCAGGACAGGGACGUCAAUAUGGGCGAAGCGGUGGACGCUGGAGCCGUUGAGGAGGCGCGCUCAGAAUUUUCACGGCUAAAUUUGUACGAGGACGUUGAGAUGGAGUGGUAG